GAGCGUCAUUUCUUCCGCAGGAAGCGGAAGGGCGAUAGGGUAGGCGGCUCUUUGUCGAAGCUACAGGACCGGCAGGCGGCAGCAGCAACUACGGCGGCGGCGGCAGAACCCAGCAGUGAUGUGGAGGUGGAGAACCACAGGAGCCCCGGACUUCACCUGAGCUACCUCAGUGGUCACCAAGGGUGGCAAGAAAAAGAAGAAAGCCCUGAGUUGGGGGGGACCAGGAUGCCUGACCGGGACAGCUAUGCCAACGGCACUGGGAGCAGCAGUGGAGGCCCUGGAGGCGGUGGCAGUGAGGAGGCCAGUGGGGCAGGGGCAGGCAGUGGCGGGGCCAGCUCAGAUGCCAUCUGUAGAGACUUCCUAAGGAAUGUGUGCAAGCGAGGCAAGCGUUGCCGCUAUCGUCAUCCAGACAUGAGUGAGGUAUCCAACUUGGGGGUGAGCAAAAAUGAGUUCAUCUUCUGCCAUGACUUCCAGAACAAGGAGUGUAGCCGCCCAAACUGCCGAUUCAUCCAUGGCUCCAAGGAGGAUGAGGAUGGUUAUAAGAAGACAGGAGAGCUUCCCCCUCGGCUGAGGCAGAAAGUGGCAGCGGGCCUGGGCCUUUCACCGGCUGACCUGCCCAAUGGCAAGGAGGAGGUCCCUAUCUGCCGUGACUUUCUCAAGGGUGACUGCCAGAGAGGAGCCAAGUGCAAGUUCCGCCACCUGCAACGGGAUUUUGAGUUUGACGCUCGGGGUGGAGGAGGCAGCGGUGGCGGUGGCUCAGCAGGCCCGGUACCCCCAGGACGACGUCAUGACCUCUAUGAUAUCUACGACCUCCCUGACAGGGGCUUUGAGGACCACGAGCCAGGCCCCAAGCGCCGGCGAGGUGGAUGCUGCCCCCCAGAUGGCCCCCAUUUUGAAUCCUAUGAAUAUAGUCUGGCUGCACCGAGAGGCGUGGAGUGCAGGCUGCUGGAGGAGGAGAAUGCCAUGCUCAGGAAGCGGGUGGAGGAGCUAAAGAAGCAGGUCAGCAACCUGCUGGCCACCAAUGAGGUACUGCUGGAACAAAAUGCCCAGUUCCGCAAUCAGGCCAAGGUCAUGACCCUGAGCUCUACUGCACCAGCGACGGAGCAGACUCUGGCCCCCACCGUGGGCACUGUUGCCACUUUUAACCAUGGCAUUGCCCAGACUCACACUACUCUCAGCAGCCAGGCUCUACAGCCUCGCCCUGUAUCCCAGCAAGAACUGGUGGCCCCCACUGGAGCUCCAGCUGCUCCCCCAACUAAUGCUGCACCUCCUGCUGCUCCACCACCCCCACCCCCACACUUGAACCCAGAGAUCACGCCAUUGUCGGCUGCUCUGGCUCAAACAAUUGCCCAGGGGAUGGCACCCCCACCUGUCUCCAUGGCUCCCGUGGCUGUAUCUGUGGCUCCUGUGGCCCCUGUGGCUGUAUCGAUGGCCCAGCCCUUGGCGGGAAUCACGAUGAGCCACACCACCACUCCCAUGGUGACUUACCCCAUCGCUUCCCAGAGCAUGCGUAUCACAGCCAUGCCACACUGAGGGGGCUAAUGGACACUCCCGGGGUAUAGCCUCCCAGGGCUGGGGUCGAGGGGCCCUUACCCGCUCGCCUAGCCCUCCCAGGCCCUGUCUGAAGGGCUCACUUAAGAACUAGGAUGAGAGACUACAAGGAGUUUGCUUUUUGAGAAGGGAUUGGGCUGGUCUGUUUUCUCUCACCUCCCUUUUAUGAGGGUCCUCUUGUCCAUCUUCCUUCAAGCCUCACAGAGGGGGGCUUGCGUAGGAGUGCAGACUGAAGCCAGCAGAGAGGAAGGACUGACCGAGGGGCUGUAUGUCCCCUGAUGGGAAGAUGGGGACAUCCUGGUCUUGUCCUCUCUUCUGCAUAGCACAGGUUUCAGCACUGGCUUUGUAAGAAAAAACAAAAACAAAAAACCCUGCCUAGAGGGAAAGCCAGGAAAGAUUGGGAAGCGGGUGGCCAGGAGAGAAGGCCUGAUUGGAGCCUUUAGACAAUUGGAGGCCUAGCGGAGUUGGACAAUACAGGAACUGUUCCUGGGCCCAUGGGAAGGUGGGGACCAUAGUACUCCAGCCCAAAGACGAGGGGAGCUUUUCUUACCUUGGCUUGGCCUGGAAAUCCAUAGGGCAGGGCCCACCACUUUCCAAAGAAAUAAAAAAAGAAUUAUUUUUAACAAAUGGAGGCAGUGAAAACUUGCUUAGAUAUUCUGUAUGGAAGAUAGGAGCGGUAAAUAGAUCUCAUGCCAAAAUGGGAUAAAGACCCCCCCACCCUCACAUAGUUUGGGUAAGGUUGGACUGAGGUCAGGUGAAGGGUAGAGACCCAGAAUAAGACCAAAUGGGGCUUUGUGGGGUAAAAACACUGGAGCCACCCAGUCUAGUUUAAAAAUAGUCCCAUCUGUUUCUGGUUUCUAUCUGCAUGUACUACUCCCAGGAUACCUUAGUAACCAGGGCUCCUGGGGUCAUUUAGGGGGGCAGGUACUAAGGAGGGUGGCUGUGCUGGGAAAUGGCAGUGGGCUAUGUAUUGACAGAUCCUUUCCUUAUUCAAACAGUAGGGCAGGUGGCAGUUGCUCUCUGAGUUGUUGAUGGCAGUUAAUAUCCCCCAUCCCUUCCUCAGUUACAAUGCCUUAAGCCUUCAAGGCUUGGGAGGUGCUAGGAAAAGGAAAGUUCUUCUGGGGACACGAGCCUCGGUGUUCAUCUCUUCCCACUGCCUCCAAAAAGAACCACAGAGGUUUAAAAUCCAUUUUUAAGAGUCAGUAAGGCCAGGGACCCCCAUAGCCAAUCCUCAGUUCCUCCUGAGCUCAUGGUUGAUGUAGGGGAAACAACUCAGGUGUCUGAUGGGACAGUGGAUUUGGGGUAGAGAAAGUGAUCCUGAGUUAUGCUUCCCCCAUUGUAUCUCCUGCUACCUCUU